AUGACUCGUGCCGCAGGAGGUGGCACAGUCUUGGGUGGCACAUAUCAAAAAGGCAAUCGCAACACACAGCCUGAACCUGAGUUGGCCGAAAGGAUCAUGAAACGUGCUGUGAUUCUGUGCCCGAGCCUGACUGGGGGCAAGGGAAUUGAGCAUUUGGACGUCAUGCGGCAUUCGGUGGGCUUCCGAACUUGUAGAGAGGGUGGCACGAGGAUCGAAAAGGAGCAGAUCGAUGGUCUAUGGGUGGUGCAUAAUUACGGCCACGGCAGUGGCGGAUAUCAAUCAUCAUACAGCUGUGCCGAAGAGGCAGUUCGAGCGGUUCACGACGCAUUCGGCAUGCGGGCUAAAUUAUAG